AUGGCUUCCUCCGAGGUAGACCAAAAGUUCCUCGGCAAAUGGGCAAAGACUGUGGAAAAUGACAACCCCUUGUUGUCCUCGAUGCUCUACAAGAUCCUCGGCCUCUCGCUCAGCCUAGCAGAGAAGCUCGUCACAGCGAAGAAACAGCGUCGUCCCGACGUGGCCCGAACGCCCCAGUCUGCCGAUCUCAUCCUUCACAUCAUCUGGCUUUCGAGGGAAGGUCUGGUCAUGCUCCAGCAGUAUGUUAUUCCCAUGGUCGGAAACCAUACGGAGCUCCGUGUGUUGGCAUACAAGCUGCGGGCAUCGUUUUACCACAUCUUCGUCCUGUUUCAUAACAAACCUGCCGUGUCCACCAUGGGCAUUGCGACCCCCGACACCAUGGCCGGCCUCACGCCCCCGAGGCUUGACAAGGGCAAGGGAAUCGCAAGGGAGGAAUGGAACGCAUCUCAGGGGUCGAUACAGCCGACGCACGCCCUUGAGGGCGGACCGGUGAACCCACCGCCCGGAUUCCCUCCGCAAAGCAAUUCGGACUUCCCUGCCGCCUUUCUCGAACCGCCGAGGGACUACCUUCCCGAUGCCCAAAAGUAUUUCAAGGAAGCCAUUGCUCUGGCCGAUCAGCAUCUCUGGGGUUCCCACUCAUUGCGGUUAUCGGUCAAGACGGAGUACGCCGCCUUCCUCUACGACUGCGUACACGAUACCGACGGGAGUCGCAAGCUGGCCAAGGAUACCAUUUCCGAAGUAUACGGAGCGUCAGAGGGAAUGGAUGACGACAUGUUUGCUGAUGCCUGCGAACUGGUCACCGUCCUGGGGAAAAUGAUGAAGCGAGGAUUGGGAUCCAGCAAUAACACCUUGACGAAAGGGUCCAGUCCAAGUCCGGCCGCGCCGCCAGGGACAACGAUGGCGCCCGGCAUGGAGAAUCCUAUCUGA